AGAGAGAAUCAAGUCCAUGUCCCACUCAUUUCCAUAAUUCAUCAUAAAUUGUGCAAGGGUGCUAUAGGACGCGCUAAACCAAAAGAGCCACAAAUCAAGCACACAGGUUUUUGCUGUUUUUACCUGUUAACAAUAAAAACAACAACACAUACCUACAACGAGCAAACGGUGGAAUUGUCAACAAAUGAGCUCCUAUUUUGUGAACUCAUUCUGCGGUCGCUAUCCCAAUGGCGCGGACUUCCAGUUACAUAAUUAUGGAGACCAUAAUACGGCAAACGAGCAGUACAGAGACUCGACCGCCGUGCAUUCCAGCAGGUAUGGCUAUGGCUACAACGGGAUGGACCUAACAACCGGACGGACCGACACCGGACACUUUGUGGACACCGAUCGGACGCAGGGCUACUCCCCGAGUCACUCAGCGACCACGACACCCUCCGUGGAGCCGGUCAGGUACUCCCAGUCCACCAACAGCACCGGGACGUCGUCUCUGUCGCCUCCACCUGACCCACUACCGUGCUCCUCCUCGGUGGCCACCUCGUCCCCGGUCACCGAGACUCAAUCUCAACACCGAGCCGUGAAAAACUCUCUAACGAACUCCACCGGAGGCUCGCUGCUGCUCAGCCGGGACUGUGUGUCCAAAGCUUCACCUCUUGAGGAGGAGAAGCCUGCGGGAAGCGCACCAGCAACUCCUCAAAACGUCAACGACUCAACACAGCCUCAGAUAUACCCGUGGAUGAGAAAACUACACAUAAAUCAUGAUCUGUCAGGACCAGAGGGGAAGAGAGCCAGGACUGCAUACACCCGCUACCAGACCCUGGAGCUGGAGAAGGAGUUCCACUUCAACCGGUACCUGACCCGCAGGAGGAGGAUCGAGAUAGCCCAUGCCCUCUGCCUCUCGGAGAGACAGAUCAAAAUAUGGUUUCAGAACCGCAGGAUGAAGUGGAAGAAAGACAACAAGCUGAAAAGCAUGAACAUGGCGGCUGCAGGCGGGGGAGGCUACAGGCCUUGAUAUUCCCUCCUCGACCCCUGAUAGCGAGGCACUAUGAAAAUAAAACAAAGAUUGUCAUAUCAACUUACUCCUCCUCCUAUUUUAAAAAGAGCAGAGACUUGUGAACGGGCUGUGUGCCGGACAGGGGACACACUACUAAAGUCCACUGUAUGUUCAACAACCUUCCUACUAUAUUCCUUAUUAUUAUUAUUUACUUUUUAUUUCCACCGUGGUAAUGCUUAUGUGAUUAAAAAAAAUGCAUUAUGUACAGUUCUGUCUAGAUUUAGUAAAAAAAAGAAACGAAAUAAAUGUUUGUUUAAAUUAUUUCUUGUUCAGACGGAAAAAAAAAAAA